AUGGCAUCCCACAAUUCUAAUGUUUCUGAGUCUGAGUCAGUGUCUGAUGGCGUGGGGCUUUCAAAUUCCCAACAUGUGUCGACAGUAUCUGGAUCUGGAGCGAUGCCUACUACUGCCAAAGCAAGGGCCAAGCAUCGCAUUGCUGCCUUAGAAGAUGAGCUGGAGAUUAUGCAGCAAGAGAGGGGAAUGAAGCAGAGAAAAACAACCUACUACAUUGCACAAGGUAGGGUGAUUCAUCACCUAGUGAUCCUUUACGCCAGCUUGGAAGACCUGAUUUCUGAAAAUGAUCACCGGUAUGAGGAUCAACCAGAGGAUGCGGCCACACCAGAAUCACAUGCAAUGUGGCUACAUCGAACUCUUGCGGGUGCUGCCAUGGCUGCAUGGGAAGUUGGGGACCCUUGA